AUGGGGCUGGAGCUCCCCAACUUAAAAAUGACGACAGAACUCUUGAUAACAUUAGGAGAGAGUCAAGUGGCCACCGCAACAGCAAAAGAGGCGGCCAGAGAGGGGCGCGAGUUUGCAGGACAGGAAAGCGAGCAGGACAGCGCAAGAUUCCGUUUCCCAGGGCGGGCGGGGCGCGUCGCCCUCCAGGUGCGGCUGGGCGCUCGGCGGCGCUUCCUGCGCGCUCUUGCAGCCGGCGGCGCCGCUGCCUGCCCCCCCCUCGACCCCCCCCCCCCGGCCGGUGGCGAAGCGAGCGGCUCCCUGGAGCUCGCGGUCGGCAGAAGGCGCAGCCCCGGCGGACCUCCAAGCAGCGGCCCGCGGGCCACAGGUCUCGGCCUCGGCAGCCCACGGAGCCUCUUCUUGGCCCUGCUUUGCAGCUACAGCUGUUUCCAAGGGACAGUUUCUGCAGCAAAACUGCAGUCAAAUAUCUCUUCUCCCCUCCAGUACAAACCUUCCUUUGGGCAAAAGCUCAGUGUCCUAUGCGAGGGCUACAUGGCUUCUGGGUGCAGCGGCGUCAUGUACUGGCUGGCUAACGGCACUUUUGUGGACAACUUGUACCCGGAAGAAGCAGUGAGCGAGAAGGACACCACCGAGAAUGCCAAAGACACAGGCUGUUUCCUGGCACGCGAGUUGCUGUUCUAUUCCUUCUCGCAGAGGGACCUGGACACAAAAUUUGAGUGCAUCGUCCUUGACCCCUCUGGCCCAGUCCGGAAGACCGUCACCUGGGAGCUUCAAGACGCCAAAGAGGGCGGGAAGGGCGCGCCCGUGGGCUGUUGAGCACGGCGCUGGAGUGCACGUGCCCAGCCAUUGAGGUGACCUCCUCCUUCACACAUCUGAUGGAGCAGGCCCAGGAGAAUUUAGGCU